GCCUUGUUGAAACAAAAUGAACUGGAAAGACAAGACAGCAAAAGACAUUGAUAAACCAGGACUUCUUUCUGUAGAUCAUAACAGAUGAACUGUGGAAUGGAAUUAUUCUGUGCAUAGUCUUUACACUGAUAUAUAAAGAUUUCACACUUCAGCCAGCUUAUUUAAUAAAUCUGCAAUACAAAGUGCAUGCAACUAGUUGAAAAAAAUAGCUAUAUUAUUUAUACAAAUAAAUACUUUUAAGUAGACAACUUAUUUGGUGCUAAAACCUUCCAUUUUAACCUCAGUGCAUUUGAAAAAUCCAUUAUGGAGUCAAAUGAUUGCAACAAUAAAAUGGUAAAUUCAAAACCGAAAGAUUGCUGUGAUACUCAACAAAUGCCAGAAACUGAAAAAGAAUCCCCAGAACCUAUAGCUGGGACAAAUAUAGAUGACACUAUAGAUAUGAGUAAUGCAUCUCAUACAGAUUUAGACUUGGAAGGUCUUGAGGUUUUUGAACAAUCUUAUGUUAAGAAUAAAAUGGAGAAUUAUACAGAAAACAAUUGUUUGCCAACUGAAGAACCCAAAAUGUGUAAUGAAAAAACUGCCACAUACUGGACUGGUGGAAGAGAUGAUUUACAAGAUGAAGAUGUUCCAGCUCCAAAACAUUUGAAUGACAGAAAAUUAGACAUUGACUGGACAAUACCUUAUUACCUUACAGAGAACAAUUCACUACAUAAAAAUGUCAGGACUUACUUCCCUCUUCACAAAACAUUAAGAAAUCUUAGACUUCUAGAUAUGAGACUCAAGUAUAGCACUCGACAGCUUGCACUUGAAAACAAAUCAUCUGAAUACACGAAUGACUCUGGUUCGGGCACAGAUGAGGGUGAUGUUAAGUUCUCAGAGCAGAAACAAAGGGCAAACGUCAUGCAAGAAGAAUCAGAACAAAUGCACAUUUCAUCACUGAUUGAACUUCUUUCGCAAUGUCGCCUUAAGCUGGAACAGAUGGAGGAUCUUGAAAAGUAUUCAAGAGAUAUGGAAAUCAAUCUCCAGGAAACUAUCACAUAUCUAAAACAAAAUAUUGCAGCACUACAAAGAGAAAAUGCCCAGCAAGAAGAUGAAAUAUUUUUCUUAGCCGAAGAGCUUAUACAAUGCAAAAGGAUGUUACAUGAAAAAACGGAGAAGAUCUCACAUAUGAACACCAUGUUUAAAAACUUUGGUCAAAGAUUGGAGAACACAAGAAAAUAUCAACAGAUUGAUUCAAUAUGUCAGAUAAAUAACAGUUCAGGGCAAAGCUCUGAAAAUCCAGAACCAAGGGACUUAAAAUCUAAAGUUUGUGUUAUUUUGUAAUAUAUGAGUCUUUUUAAUUUCUAGUAUGUCAUAAACUUCUACUGCCCCCUUUAGGACAGAGUAAAUCCUGCUGGAAUUUAAAAUCGGAGCCUUACAUUUUCUAUAUAGUAAUUGCUUGAUUAGUGUAUGAGCUAAUUUAUAUUUAUAUAUUUAUAUAUGUCCCGGGAUUGGGAAGGGAGGGAGACGUGGGUUGUGGCCAUUGUUGUU